CUCGCUUUCCAUCAUUAAACACGCCAUCGCCAACUGGGAGUGCACGGGAACGGGAUAGAGCAUCGGAUUUAUCGGAAUAUUUUUCAGAUAUUGGACAAAACUGAUUUAGGGUCAACGGCAUGGGCGAGCGAACGGCAUUUCUGCUGUUAUGGGUUGCGACCUUGACGCUGGCAUCUGAGGUGCCUUCUGAUGACUCUGUGGGUCUGCUGGCAGAGCCCCAGGUAGCCAUGUUCUGUGGGAAAUUCAACAUGCAUGUCAAUGUUCAGAGUGGCAAGUGGGAGUCGGAUCCCUUCGGCACCAAGAGCUGCAUCGGAACCAAGGAGGGCAUCCUGCAGUACUGCCAGGAGGUGUACCCUGAGCUCCAGAUCACUAACGUGGUGGAGGCGAACCAGCCAGUCAGCAUUCAGAGCUGGUGCAAGAAGGGACGCAAGAAGGGACGCAAGGAGUGUAGCAGUCACACACACAUCGUGGUGCCCUACCGCUGCCUGGUUGGGGAGUUUGUGAGUGAUGCCCUGCUGGUUCCUGAUAAGUGCAAGUUCCUGCACCAGGAGAGAAUGGACAUGUGUGAGAGCCACCUGCACUGGCACACCGUGGCUAAAGAGUCCUGCGGAGACCGCACCAUGAAUCUCCAUGACUACGGGAUGCUGUUGCCAUGCGGCAUCGACCGUUUCCGAGGGGUGGAGUUUGUGUGUUGCCCAGCGGAGACACAGCGCGAGUCAGACAGUGUGGAGCUGACUGAGUCUGAUGUGUGGUGGGGUGGAGCCGAGACUGAAUAUACCGAUAACAGCAUGCCUCGCCAGGCGGAUCAGGGGGCUGUCACCACUGAGGAGGAUGACGAAGAGGAUGCCUUUGACAGAGAUGAGGACGGAGAUGGUCUUGAGGAUGAUAAUGAUGAUGAUGAUGAUGAAGACGACGAUGAGGAUGACGUGACCGGUGAACGGGACAGUGGUGAAGGCACCUCCAACAUCGCCAUGACAACCACCACCACGACCACCACUGAGUCGGUUGAGGAAGUCGUCAGAGAGGUGUGUUGGGCGCGUGCUGAGUCGGGCCCGUGCCAUGCCAUUCUGGAGCGUUGGUACUUUGUGCCAGAGAAGGGCACCUGUGCCCCCUUCCUCUUUGGAGGGUGUGGGGGCAACCGGAAUAACUUUGACUCAGAGGAGUACUGCCUGUCUGUCUGCAGCAACAGUGUGUUGCCUACCACGGCCCCCUCCCCCCCUGACGCGGUGGACCGUUACCUGGAGUCUCCUGGAGACGACAGUGAACACGCCAACUUCCAGCAGGCCAAGGAGAGUCUGGAGGCCAAGCACCGCGACAGGAUGUCCCAGGUGAUGAGAGAGUGGGAGGAAGCAGAGAGACAAGCCAAGAGUCUCCCUCGCGCUGACAAGAAGGCAGUCAUCCAGCACUUCCAGGAGAAGGUGGAGGCCCUGGAGCAGGAGGCAGCAGGAGAGAGGCAGCAGCUGGUGGAGACCCACAUGGCCCGGGUGGAGGCCCUGCUCAACAGCCGCCGCCACAUGGCCCUGGAGAACUACCUCGGCUCCCUGCCGGCCAACCCACCCAGGCCUCGUCAGGUGCUUGGCCUGUUGAAGAAGUAUGUCCGUGCAGAACAGAAGGACAGACAACACACGCUGAAACACUACGAACACGUCCGCAUGGUGGACCCCAAAAAGGCUGCUCAGAUCCGACCCCAGGUGAUGACCCACCUGCGUGUGAUUGACGAGAGGAUGAACCAAUCCCUGGGGCUGCUCUACAAGGUGCCCAGCGUGGCCAAUGAAAUCCAAGACCAAGUUUCUGUCCUGAUGCAGAGGGUUCAGUCAGAGCUGUCUCAGCAAGUCUCAUCUCUGCAGAGCGAUGGGAGGACUGAUGGCAGGGUGAGCUAUGGAAACGAUGCCCUGAUGCCCGACCAGGCUUACAGCUCUGCCCCUCUGGACCCUGGGAUGGGCCUGGAUGGACUAAGCUUCAUCCACCCAGAGAGCUUCAAUCAGCCCAACACUGACAACCACGUUGAGCCUGUUGACGCUCGUCCAGUUCCAGAUAGAGGUCUGCCCACUCGGCCUGUGUCUGCUCUGAAGCCUGAGGAGUUCCCUGAGGUGCGGGUGGAGAAGGAGGAGCGGCAAAGCGCCAGCUAUGAAGUGCAUCAUCAAAAACUGGUGUUCUUUGCUGAGGAUGUGGGCUCCAACAAGGGUGCCAUCAUCGGCCUGAUGGUGGGCGGGGUUGUCAUAGCGACAGUCAUCGUCAUCUCUCUGAUUAUGCUGAGGAAGAAGCAGUAUACCUCCAUCCACCACGGAAUCAUCGAGGUGGAUGCUGCAGUGACCCCAGAGGAGCGUCACCUGUCCAAGAUGCAGCAGAAUGGCUAUGAGAACCCCACCUACAAGUUCUUCGAACAGAUGCAGAACUAAGGAGCUACCCUUUGACCCCUCCCUGACCCUGAACUUCCUUUAACCCCUCACACCUAGAGCUCGUUCCAUUUUGGUCCAUAAACCCCUCACACCUAGGGCCCGUUCCAUUUUGGUCCAUAAACCCCUCACACCUAGGGCCCGUUCCAUUUUGGUCCAUAAACCCCUAACACCUAGGGCCUGUUCUAUUUUGGUCCAUAAACCCUUCUAACUCCUACUCUAUUGCUGUCAAUGGAUCUGAAUGGACUGAGUAGGUGAAACCAGUAUGACUGAAGCGCCAGAAAAAUCUAGAAUGAAUUGGGUUAGAAAUAUUUGUAGUCAUAUUACUUACAGCUAUCCAGGGGUAGUGCCAAGGAGCUGAAAUACAACCAAGCCACACUCACCCUUCAUCUUUUCCUCGUAAAGUGCAGCACAUCAACAUUCAUAGCUGCUAUUGGUCAGACAAGGAUAUCCUCAUUCACCUGCAUAUUUUUUUAUAAUAUCCCAUAGUGUUUGUACAGAACAGAGAAGCUCAUUGAUUGAUUCAUCUGUCUGUCUAUCUGUGGGUGAGCCCUCCCCCUCAGGAUAGCACUCGCAGGUCUAAGAGGGUGAAACAGAGGCCCCAAAUAUCCCUGCAAUCUUCCUGCCUCUUCCUCACUCACUCUGACGCACUCUCCCCUCCCCCUCCAUCUCUCCCACGCACUCUUCUCCCCUCCCCCCCCUCUCUCAGAUGACAGCUGUGCUGUGUUUGGUGAUGACAUAACAGCUCUUAACACUAGCGAAGGGAGGAGGGGCUCAGUCUGCCCUGAGCUCCUCUCUGCAGGAUUAUACCACAAGCGUUUCAGGGUUUUUUUCCAGAAAAAUGUAUAAAAAAACAAAAAUAUAUAACUAAUACAUCAGAAAUAUGUAAAAGGCAAAGAAAUAUUGAAUGUUUUUAUUUUGUGCGUAAUGUAUUGAAAUAAGGCAGAAAAAACUAGCUGUAACUAUAUGUAGUGCAUGGUGAUAUUGAUGCCAGAUAUACGUAGAGAAGCUGGCUCCUGUCGCAGGACUGGGCCUCUCAUAUAGACUUUUAGCAGGAUUGUACAUUUUCUGUGUCUUCUUUGUGAUCUUGUGAUAUGAAGAAGAGAGGAAAAAAAAUAAGUAUUUAGAAUCUGGUCCGCUUUGUUGUCACUGCGACAAUCUUUAAACAGAGCCUGUGCUCUCCUUUGUUUCCAGCCCCUUCCUCGCUCUGUGUUACCUACAUGGACCCAAUUAUCUCUAUCUACAUGUAGCUAAUAUAAUGACGUGUAAUAGUAUCUGAAAGGAAGUCGGUUGUGUUACUGUUUGCAUUCUAUGCACUCUGUUUCAUUUAGUCUGGUUGUUACUGGUGUUACUGCUCUGUUUGUUGGUAUUAUGUCCCUUAAAUAUUCCACGACUAGGAAUUGUUUCAGCUCCAUUCAUCAUUUUAUCAUUCCAGAAAUCUCAGCAUUCCACCCUAUCAUUCCUAUAUAGUCUGUGAACAUCAUUAAUGGAAACAGAAAUCAUUGUUAUUUUUUCUUUUUCAGGCUCUCUUUCGAUCUCUCCUUUCCUCUGUCUAUCCCAAAGACCUCAACCAGCCCUGCUCCUCUGUCCCUCUCUGUCCAUGCUGUUGGCUUGGUGUGUGAGAGAAUUAUGUUGAAUUGAGAGAGAGAGAGAGAGGGGGGAUUGGGUGUCAGAUUUGUACAUUCUAAUCUAUCGUCCUUCUGAUCAUCAAACACAUAUUCCCUCCACAAUGUCUCACACAGAACAUAACCUAUUUUUCCAUGACAUAGACUGACCAGGUGAAAGCUAUGAUCCCUUAUUGAUGUACAUGUAUCAAACAACCAAGAAAAACAGUUUGUGUUCUGUGGUGGAUAUCCCCCUCUUGCUUGUUUCGUCAAAUCUCUCAUGUCUCAGACAUCCUGGCUUUAAAAGCAGAGGCUAAAGAAAUACUGAUCUCAGACUAGUUAUAUUGAUCUCAGGCCAAUGUGCGUGAUGUUAAAUACAGGGACCCUGUUCAGAAAGGCGCAACUGCACAGAAUUUUCAGAUAUAAAUGUGUUAUGUGGAACAGAUGUCAUUCUGUCAGGUAGUUUUGUGUUACAUUUCCAUCUGCAACAUUCUGAAUGUUUCACCUAACUGAACGCACCCCAGAUCUGGGAUCAGUAUUGAGGCCGUAGUAGACGAGACAUUCCCCAUACCCAAAAUGGAGCCUCCAAUAGACAUGAAUGUGACAUUCAUAUUGUGCAAUUAUGACACAGAUCUACACACUACUACACUCCCUCCCUACACACAAACUGAAGCUCUUAAAUCAGGUAAAUGUUUUGGUGUUGUCAAGGAUACUUGUACAGGGUAUCUCCAGGGGUUAGUGGUUUCAUUCUGUGACUUUUUCUGUGUACCUAUACAAAUCAUUUGCUUAGACUGAGAAAAAGCUUUCUACACUAUCCCAUCAAUAAAAUGUUGAAUGUA